AUGAUAGACCAAUACGAAAUAAACGAACGCGAAUCCGACAGUCUCCUGAGACUAUCGAACUCUUCACGGCCCAAGGACCAUAGAUAUAAAGGAACCACACAGUUCCUCAUCAUCCUAUCUAUUUCGCUAAAUAUUUUUUGGUUCGGAUUGGGCUCGGUGUAUUGGAUCAGCAAUCUCAAUACGCGAACAAGCUAUUCAUCGUAUGAGAACGGAUUCGCUUCAGACCUAGGAGCCGUGAAACCCGAAAUCGAGUUAAUACAAUAUGAUUUCAACGGCGGGAUCAAGUUAGAUGAGAACGAAAACUACUUUACAGACCAUGUAGGCCAUGAAUACGUUGGAAGCCCAACGCCGGAGAUUGAUCGCGCGUGGAAUCUUCUUCUAUCCGGACUAAACAUUGAUCUGAAGGGUUCGGACGCCAAUAUGGAUGGAAGAACAAUUCAGUGGCCAGGCUCUGAUCGUUACUUCACUGGACUCGAAGUCUUCCAUUCUCUUCACUGCCUUAACCGACUUCGUCAAGCAAUGUAUCCCAACUACUACGAUGUCUUCAACCAUCCAGAGGACCCAUCUCGCGAAGAUCAUAUAGCACACUGCAUCAACCAUCUACGCCAGGCAAUCCAGUGCCACGCGGAUCUCACCCCAAUGGAAUGGACCCUUGUGGAUAGGAAGAUUAUACUUAACACAGCCACUCGUCACACUUGCCGGAACUUCAACAAGAUUCAUGAGUGGGCACGGCAGAGGCGCACGAAUUUUCAAGAAGUAGAGGCUGUGAGAAAUGGUAGUCUCUUUGUCGUGGAUUAA